GCACUUCGGCUCCUUUCAGACCUCUCUGAGGAAACAGAGAAAAUGAAGCCGGAACGAGAUACUUUGGAUGAAUACUUUGAGUAUGAAGCUGAGGAGUUCCUGGUCUCCUUGGCCUUGUUGAUCACUGAAGGUCGAACACCCGAGUAUUCGAUCAAGGGCAGAACUGAGGGCUUUCAUUGCCCGCCGGCACAAUCAAGUCAGCCGCCGACAACUAAGCAUGAAUGCAGCGACAAACUGGCUCAGUGUCGUCAAGCCAGGCGAACCAGAUCUGAGGUUAUGCUACUGUGGAAGAACAAUAUUCCCAUCAUGGUAGAAGUGAUGCUACUGCCAGACUGUUGCUAUAGUGAUGAAGGGCCCACCACCGAGGGGAAUGAUUUAAAUGAUCCUGCAAUCAAACAAGAUGCAUUGCUGUUAGAAAGGUGGAUUUUGGAGCCAGUUCCUCGACAGAGCGGAGAUAGAUUUAUUGAAGAGAAGACCCUUUUAUUGGCUGUUCGCUCUUUUGUUUUCUUCUCUCAGCUAAGCGCAUGGCUGAGUGUUUCACAUGGUGCUGUUCCCCGAAACAUUCUGUACAGGGUGAGCGCUGCAGAUGUGGACUUGCAAUGGACGUUCUCCCAGACACCAACUGAGCAUGUCUUUCCUGUUCCUAAUGUUUCUCACAAUGUGGCCUUGAGAGUCAGUGUCCAGUCCUUGCCCAGACAGUCGAACUACCCAGUUUUGACCUGUAGUAUUCACACCAACCUUAGCUUUUACGAAAAGCGAAUGCAAGAGCGUAAGUUACAUCAGCACAGCAAUUCCAGUGCAGCACAGCAAUGCAGUACCUCCAGUCCGCAGCGCUUCUGUGGGAAACAGACGUGGACAAUGACACCUGAAGGCCUACUUAAUGGAAAAAAGACACCUGAAUUUACUACAUCUAUCAGAAAUUUAAACCUUUAUCCAUCUACCGGACUUGGAUCUGACUUCGGGGCAUCGCAGCCUAAAGUUCAGUGCUAUAAUGCUACAGCAGACAAUAAGACACAAUCUCAUGAAACACCUGUCAGAACUUUUAAAUCCUUUUCUCUAGUUGAUUCCCGUGUUUCAAAUGGUCAUUGCUCUCAUCAGCCCACAGGAGAAACCAAUCCUUUGAUAGGCUCUUUACUUCAAGAGCGACAAGAAGUCAUUGCAAGGAUUGCUCAGCACUUGAUUCACUGUGAUCCAGCUACUUCACCAGUUGUUGCUGGACGUCCAUUCAACACACAUGAAAACAGCUCAGCUACACCGAAAGCUUUUCGGAGUACUUGUGAAGACAAAAACUUGCCAAGGAAAGGCAAGGAAACCUCCCCUGUUUCUAUUGCCAACUUAGACAAUGCAAUACAAGAAGAUAGUGGUGAAGGCAAAACUCGAACAACACCAGAGGUCCCACUGCUCGAUGCCCGUGUUCCAGUGAACCAUUGUGGCCGUCAGUCGGCAGGAGAGACUAAUCCCCUGAUCGAUUCUCUGCUGCAGGAGCGGCAGGAGGUGAUAGCAAGGAUUGCCCAACACUUGAUUCAUUGUGAUCCAGCUACUUCUCAUGUUACUAGACGUCCAUUCAAAGUGCAUGAGACUAGCCCAGUUACUUCAAAAAUUUUCCGAAGUACGUAUGAAGAUGAAAAUUUGCUGAAGAAAGGCAAGGAACUGUCUUCUGUUUCUUUUGCUAAAUCUGAUUUUUCUUUGUUGGAAGACAGCAGUAAAUCAAGGACAAAGACACCUGAUACUCCUGUCGGUCCUUCUAGGUUUGAUGGAGAAUUGAAGGCUUCUCUGAAACUCCAAGCAAGAAGAAAACUGGUUUUAGCAAAACCCAGUGAUGCUGUCCGAAAUGCAUUUCAUCAGACUUCAAAUAAAACUUCUCAUGCAUUUACUAACAUUCACCCAUCAUCAUCGUGUAUUAAAGAAAAUAAAUCUGAAUUGCCAGAUAAAUUGGAAAUGAUACAUUCUGGUUAUGCACAGAAAGAACAGAUAACCAAUAGAAUUAAACAGUGUUCAAAUUUCAGCAGCAUUGAUGAACAGAUUUGCACAAAUAAACUUAAAGAAAGAACAGUUGUUAGUGAGAACAAUGGCAUGGACAGUGUUAACAAUUUACAGAUAGAUAAAUGCAGAAUACUUGAAGGUACAAAAAAAGCAACCGUGAUGCAGGUAUCUGACUCUUUGCACAAAAAUGAGCUCAAGUGUUUAGAUAAAGACUCAAAACCCCCAAAUAUUUAUGAGCAAAAUACUCAACUUAUUAGUAUUGAAAAUUAUUUAAAUAAAGACCAUGACAGUUGCAAAACCAAAACCAAACAAGAUAAAACGAAAACUGCACAUGAUGAGAAUGAAGACCCGAUAGGUCUCGAUUUCCAAAGCACUUCUCAGAAGAAACAUACAGAAGACGGCGUAGUUAAGUGCGAGCGGCUGAGGAACCCAGAUGUACAGAAAGCACCAUCUCUAAAACAUACAAAUAUAUGGCGGAAACAUAAUUUUCGAUCCUUGGAUGGAACGUCAACCAAGGCUUUUCAUCCCAGAACUGGAUUGCCUCUGCUUUCAAGUCCCGUUCCUCAAAGAAAAACACAGUCUGGGUGCUUUGAUCUGGAUUCAUCACUGCUGCAGUUGAAAUGUCUGUCUGCGGGAAGCCCACAACAAUGCAUAAACAGAGACAGUGAUCCAGAGAGCCAUGGGAAACCAUUUCUAAGUUCUAGUGCUCCACCAGUAACAAGUCUUAGCCUUCUGGGAAACUUUGAGGAAUCUGUCCUGAAUUUUCGCUUAGACCCGCUCGGCAUUGUGGAGGGUUUCACAGCAGAAGUGGGAGCAAGUGGAGUCUUUUGUCCCACGCACAUGACUCUGCCAGUUGAAGUGUCAUUCUACAGCGUUUCAGAUGAUAAUGCACCCUCUCCUUACAUGGGUGUAAUUACUUUAGAGUCCCUUGGUAAAAGGGGUUAUCGGGUACCGCCUUCAGGAACAAUACAAGUGACCUUAUUUAACCCUAACAAAACUGUGGUGAAGAUGUUUGUGGUGAUCUAUGACUUGAGAGAAAUGCCAGCUAAUCAUCAAACAUUCCUACGGCAAAGAACUUUUUCUGUUCCUGUGAGACGAGAUAUCAAGAGAACUGUCAAUAAAGAAAAUAGUCAACAGACUGAAGAAAGGCUACUACGCUACCUCAUACAUCUGAGGUUCCAGAGUUCUAAAUCUGGAAAGAUCUACCUCCACAGAGAUGUAAGGCUCCUAUUCUCUCGGAAAUCCAUGGAAGUUGAUAGCGGCGCUGCAUACGAACUCAAAUCUUACACUGAAUCUCCAACAAAUCCUCAGUUUUCACCAAGAUGCUAGCAAACAAUGGCAAAUUAAAGUAUUCGUUUUACUGUUGAUUACUCCUUACAAGCGAAGAUUGGUAGAGAUGACAGUAUAAAGUUAAGUCUGUAAAGGAAUGAAAAUAGCGCUCAAGAGAGAGAAGGUUCUUAUGUGAUCCUGGACCAGUUUUUAACAGGUUUCUGGAAUGAGCUUUGUGUAUUCCAAGUAGACUGGAAACAUACUUAAAUCUAAUCUUUUUGUACUGUUUAAAACCACUUCAUUGGAUGUGUUGCAAUAGCAAAUUCCCAAGUUAGUUUAGUGUUUACACUUUUUAUUUUAUUUUUCAGUUAUUUAAUAUUUAAUGUUUCAUUUAAUACUCAAGUGAUGUUUGUCUUUAGUGU